AAAAUAUACCCUGAGUAUGACUUUAGAAUGCUCUCGAAUUGAGAGUCGUGAGGCAGAUAAGAGUUCGGAUUUAUUUCGGUUACCCAGAACCGAAUGUAAUAACUAUUAGGGUUGUGUUAACAGCAUUCCUUUUCACUCUUCAUAUAUAUCGAUAACUAAAUAUCAUCGAACAGUUAUCGUUGCCUGCACUUUGCUAAAUAGUAAAUAAAACAUGUUUACAACGCGUUCAUAUUAGUGCAUAAAUUACUAAAUUAUAAUUAAAUUAUUACAAACGUAUUUAAAUACAUAUACUCAAACCGUUACACACUGCUGGUAUCAUGUCCUCGAAAUCCUCGAAGUCCUCGUUUUAUUGUAAGGAGUAUGAAGAUGAUGGAGAGGAAAUAAAGAGCAAUUAUAAACGGCGCAAUAAAUGGACGGAAGAUAGCGAGAAAUUAUUGCUUCAGUUAUGGAGGGAAAAUUUGGGUAAACUACGCGCUUGCAAAAAAAACAGUCACAUUUUAAUGGAAAUUGUGGUGGAAAUGGAGCUACAAGGUUUCAAAUAUAACUUAUCAGAAUUGAAGACAAAGAUGCAUAACAUGUCUUCGAAGUAUAAAAGGGAACGUAUUCAAGUGAGAUCUACAGGUAUACCAUCGCUUUGGGAACCCUACGAGGAGAUGGAUUCGUUAUUAACUGAGUUUGAAAAUGGACCUCGUGACUGCCAGAACAAUGUCAAAACUAACGAAAUAAAAAUAAAAAGUGAUCGCAGAACCUCACCUUUGGUGCCUAUAAAAAAUCACAUAUCACAUAGGGAUUCCGAAUCCCCCUGCAAUGAUAACAGUUUCGCAACUCUAAGUGAGAGUGAUGACAACGUGGAAGAAAGCAAUUCCCAAAAUGGUGAGGAUGUGGCGCCACCGAAAAUUCCUUUUAUAUCAGUACGCGAAAAUUUAAUGUCCACAAAAAAUCCACUUAAUAAUAGCAUUACAAAAGUACAAAGCACAAAACGACCACAUGCGGUGGGAGUGGAUGGAUAUGAUGACAUAGAUUUAUUUUUCUUAAGUAUGGCUAAAACAGUUAAGAAGCUUCCACAUCACGAACAAGUGUAUCUUAAGAAGAAUAUUAGCAAUUUAGUGUUCGAAGCUGAAUUGAAAGGCAUAAAAGCGAGCAAUGUCGAGGGUAACGAUAUGUAGAUUACAUAUUUUCCGCUGCUCGACUUCUAUCGCAUUAGCUUUUCACACGAGGAGCUGAUUCAGUUUCUUAUAAGUAUCUGGAUAAUUUUUUCAUUAAUUUUUAUAGUCAUUAUAUAGUUACUAGUUUUAAGUGGAUAGUUUAAUAAUUUACGAUAAUACAGAUUUUAUUUUUGUAUUAAUUUUAUACUGAAAGUAUUCAUCUUUAAUUCUUUAAGCAGAAAUUACAUGCUCCGAAACAAAGGUGAACGAAAAUGAAGUUUUAUAAAUACGCCAUAAGUUUUGAAAAUGUGAAUUGCACCGAGAUUUUUACCUUAGCACCACACCUUCAUUUAUUAUCGAUGUUAACAUCUUUUUACAGUUUUUGCAACAAUAGUUGGCUAAGAUAUGUGCACUUAUUAAUAUCAGUGAAUUGCGUGCUGAUUUUCAAUUACUAAGUUGAAAGGACAAGUUAGAAAAAUAAAAGAUAAUGUGAAAAAGAUUUCCAUUAAAUUAAUUGCAAACAAUUAUAAGUACAUUUAUUUUACUUACUUGAUAUCGAAGAUUUAAGAGCUUCUUUCCUUUUUAGUGGUAUCUUUUACAACAGUUUAAGCCAGUUUAUUCCCUACAACCACACACAACAGUAAUUUUGUUAGCAAAGCCUAUACUACUUUUAUUGCACAAAUUUCGCAAUAUCUAUACCUUGACUAUCUCGCAAAUUUGAGUGCGUGUCUAUUAUCAAAUACUCGUACCAAAAGUCCUAUCAGCUAUUCGACGUUAAAUUAAAAUUUAUUAUAUACUCCAUUACAGGAUAACAAUAAAAACUAUGUACAUCGUAAAUUGCGUUGACUACUCCUAUUCAAUAAAUUUGAAACUACUUUUGUAUGAAUAAAACCAGUAUUUAUAUAGCUACAUAUAUUCAUGAAAUUGAAUUCCUUUUAAGCUUUAUAUUUAGUUUAACUCGGAGAUAUCUUAUGGUUAUGAUAAUUACUUUUAUUAUUAUAAAAAUACUUUACUUAAAAUAGAAACUUUCUUCAUGAAAUUUACGCACGUUUUAAAUGUUUUUUUUUUCGCAAAAUAUUCGUAUAUGCAUUAGCUUUAAACGUUUAA